ACCCCUGUUCGCUCGUUUCGGUUAUCAUGGGUACUUUUUGAUUCCUGGACAGAUAGUUCUAUUUGUGCUUCAGAGAGGCACAGCGUCCUUGCUUCGUGCUAUUAGGUUCUGGAUCACCUCCUGCGGAAAGGAUGAUCUCCCCUCGGGAGUCCUGCGCCGGCCUGUAUAUCGGAUGUUUAUGUCCAGUCCGUCUUGGUGGUGCUUUAUCAAGACCCUUGAUUAGUACUUUUCUUUCCUGGAUAGGCCCAAUACUAUUCAUGCGACUGGCCCUCAGACAUAGAGUCCCGGUGCCGCAUCGCCUCCGACAGCUUAGCUCGACUUUUGAUGCAAAGGGUGUCUGUCCUAUACAUAGUAGCAGUUCGAUUGGCCUCGAUUCUUUGGAUCAUCAGGGUGAUCGUGUCCACCUGGCAUUAUUAUGUCUCCAUCCAGAGAGCUGUGUGGGUGUCUGUCAAUUUGAGUUUUUUUUUUUUAUGGUCAUGUUUUCUGGAUACGUAUGAACCAAUGGACUCGCUUAUUCACUAUAUCUGGCGCUGGAUGGAUCUUUUGUCUUGCAGACUCGAGUGUCUUUCCUUAAAGAGGAUAGCUGCUCGAGAUCCUUCCGGAUAAGCGCCGGGAAGAGGGUCCCAAGUUC